UUACCUUCCGUUCAAAGAGGAGGGGUCGUCGUCUUUUCGCUCUCAUCAGCCGACCAACCGGUCAUCCCCGUGCAUGGAUCGAACAAGUGGUGCACUUCCCAGCCUCCAAAAAGAUUAAAAGGAUUCCUAGAAAUGUGACGUUGAAAGGAAAAAAAUGAAAUGUGACUAUUAAGCGCCGGAUUUCUCACAGGACAGGGGAGCCAAGAGGGUGGCAGUCGCAAAGAAGACGACGAUCAUUUCCCAUUUCAGCAAAGAUUCGGGACAGGCAGCUUAUAAGGAACACUUGCAGGCAGUGCAGAGGAAUACCGGGAUUCAGCUUUUUUUUUUUUUUUGGGCCGUCUCAGCAGAACGGAGGCAGGACAGCCAUUGGAAGAGGAGGAGGAGCCAAAGAAGGAAGGAAGAUCAUUCAAUUUAGUACCGGACAUGGCCCCCGUCAGCAACAUAGGGAAGUAUCAGCUCCGGCAAACGAUCGGAGAAGGCACCUUCGCCAAGGUCAAGCUGGCCGUCGACAACACGGGUGGGCAUAACGUUGCUGUCAAGGUCAUCGAUAAGCAGAUGGUGAUGGAGAGCAAUCUUAAGUACCAGGUACAGAGAGAGAUUAGGACAAUGAAGCUUUUACAUCACCCGAACAUUGUAAGGAUACACGAGGUUAUCGGAACCAAGACGAAAAUAUACAUAGUAAUGGAAUAUGUACCCGGAGGACAACUAUCAGACAAGCUGUCUUAUUUGAGGAAAUUCAGUGAAAGCGAGGCAAGAAAGCUAUUCCAACAGUUAAUCGAUGCCGUGGACUAUUGCCAUCACAGAGGGGUGUACCACAGGGAUCUAAAGCCAGAAAACUUGCUGUUGGAUAGCAAGGGGAACCUGAAGGUGUCUGAUUUUGGCCUUAGUGCUUUGCAAAAGCCUGGAGACAUGUUAUCGACGGCAUGUGGCUCUCCAUGCUAUGUUGCACCUGAGCUAUUUGCAGACAAAGGGUAUGACGGAGCAGCAGCAGACAUUUGGUCUUGUGGGGUUAUCCUCUUCGAAUUGCUGGCAGGGUUUUUGCCAUUUGAUGACCGUAGCCUCAUGAAUUUAUACAGGAAGAUCGCAAAAGCAGAAUACACAUGUCCACCAUGGUUCACAGACAGUCAAAAGAAGAUCCUCUCUAGAAUACUGGAUCCAAAUCCUACAAGGCGAAUAACGAUCGUGGAGAUUGUAGAGGAUGCCUGGUUCAAGAAAGACUACAUACCUGCUUGUGGAUGCGAAUGUGAUGCAAAGAACCUGGAUGACGUUAAUGCUGCUUUUGACACACUAGAGGAUAGUGAUGCAGAGAAGACAAUGCCAAAGUCCUCCAAUUUUAUAAAUGCUUUUCAGUUGAUUGCGAUGUCGCGUGACCUGGAUUUAUCAGGACUUUUUGAAGAACAGGAAGAGAAGAAACAAAAAAUGAGGCUUGGAUCCAAAAAUACAAUUAGCAAUACCUUCAGAAAAAUAGAAGCUGCUGCAACAGAUAUGAGUCUUGCAAUUGAAAGAUUAAAUAAUAAGAUGAAGAUGCAUCCAAGGCAAAAGAUGACUAGAUGUGCCAGAUCCUAUUAUGAUUUUUCAGCAGAGGUAAUUGAAGUUGCUCCCGAGCACUGCGUAGUAGAAAUCUCAAAAUCAGCAGGAGAGCUAGGAAUGUAUAAAGAGUUCUGCCAAAGUUUAUCAAGCCUACUGACAGAGAAAUCAAGCGAUUCAUUAGAGAGUCAACAGUCUCAAGAGAGCUUAAUCCAAUGCAAAGACAUAGUCGGAGCAGGAUGCUCUGAAGAGGAAAUUGAUGAUAAUGAGGUCACCCAAAGUUACUCAUCCUCUCUAUGAUCAAGCUGGCCACCUUUCAGGACUCAGGAUCAUGCCGAUGAAAGAAUGUAAAGCCUAUUUGGACUGUGCAUUGAGAAAUUUAAGCAAAGCUUUUACAUCAACUUCAAUCGACUUAAUGGCUAACGAUAAUCUGCUAGCUGUAAUUUCUCUUUCAUAAAACCCAAAGGAUCUUCUCGAAUGAUGUAUGGCAUUACAUCUCCACUCUCUUAUUUAGUAGAAGAAUGAUAAGAAACA